GGCACGCUGCUCUUGCUAGUGUCCUCUCCAUCAUGCUAACACCGGCGAGCUGUGUUUUGGUACCAAAGCACAGUGUCACGUGUUGAUUCACGUCAGUCUGUUGUCAUCGACAGGCAACUUUACUUGUGUGUCCGUUGUGUCCUCAUUCCCUGUCAUCUUGGAUUUUAAACGGAUAAUUAACAAAAAAAACACGAGUUACGUGUUAUGCUAGCUAACGGAGCUAGCAUAACACGGAGGAGUUGCUGAAAACACCGUGAGGAAAGUUCGAAAGUGGCUCAGGCAGGAGUGUGUGACUGGUGUCACUGGAGUUGAACCAGUGGUUACACCAACUGGGUCUGUCAUGUUAACGUGGGAACACUUCUCAUCCUCCUCGCGCCUGUGGAUCCGGACUGUCCCCACACAAACAGCUGGAGGAAAAGACCACCAAUGACACGGCUCAGGGAUUUGACACAUUCAACCCGAGUCUGAGCGCCUGAGAGAAACACCAGCCGCCAUGUUCGCCUGUGUGAAGGCUGUGUGGGGGGGUGUUGGUGGUGGUGUGGAGACCAGGCUGCACAGACUGCUGCUGGCUAGCUGCAGGAGCUGCAUCAGGAUGAACCCCCCCUUUAGUGGGAACUUGUAUCCAAAGCGACCCUUCACUUGUCUCAAUGCUUUCCCCCCCUGGAGACAUGGCGUCACCAGAGGCCUCUGCCCACUGAAGUACACUGUGUCAGCAGGAAACAGGAACCUGUCUGUGCACAGCAGGAUCUGGAGUGAUGCUGGGUCAAGUCAUCAACACAGAACAUGUCAGUCCGGGGUGGGGAGGAAGGAGAAGCUGCUGCAGGAAGGAGCAUCGUGGCCUGAGUCCCUUGUCCGCUGCAGAGUGACAGAUGCCCCGAUUUCCAGCGUGCUUCCAGCUUUCGUAGUGAUGAAAUUUGACCAGGAAGGAAAUGUGACAUCAUUUGAAAAGAAGAAAACCGAGCUUUGCCAGGAGCUAAGUCUUCAUGCCAGAGACCUUCGCUUUCAGCACAGUACCAGCCUCACUGCCAGGAACAACUGCAUCAUCUUAAGAAUGGCGUCUCUGAAAGCCAUCGUAACGCCAGAGUCCCUCUUGGUGUUGGAUUUCCGUGGUCUGGGAUUAGAACGCUGGUUGGUACUGGAGCUCGCUCCUCAGUUAGCCUCACAGACUCACUCACUGCCCUUUGAGUUCAGAGCACUGGAGGCAAUAUUGCAGCAUAAGGUGAACACGCUACAAACCCGGCUGAAUGAGGUCGAGCCGGUAAUAUUGGAUGUGUUGGAAUCCUUGGUGGAUCCAAAAAUCCUUUCUGCUGACAGAAGUAAACUACACAUUCUUCUGCAGAACAGCAAGAGUUUAUCAGAGUUGGAAACGGACAUCAAGGUUUUUAAGGAAUCCUUGCUGAAGAUUUUGGAUGAGGACGAGAUAAUUGAAGAACUCUGUCUGACCAAGUGGACCGACCCAAGAGUUUUUGAGGAGAGCAGUUUGGGCAUCGACCAUGCUGAGGAGAUGGAACUGUUACUGGAGAAUUACUAUAUGCAGGCUGAGGAGCUCGGGAACAAGGCCAGAGAACUGAAAGGGCUGAUAGACGACUCUGAGAGUGUCAUCUUCAUCAAUCUAGACAGCCAUCGUAACGUGAUGAUGCGUCUGAACCUGCAGCUGACCAUGGGUUCCUUCUCUCUCACCUUGUUCGGUCUGAUCGGAGUGGCCUUUGGAAUGAAUUUGACGUCGUGCUUUGAAGAGGACCCUCGUGUUUUCUGGCUGGUAACGGGCUUCAUGUUCUUGGGCAGCGGGCUGAUAUGGCGACGACUGCUCUCAUUUCUGGGACGACAUCUAGAGCCCUCAAUGAUCCCUCCACUUUGGAAAAGAAGUCUGAAAGCAUCAGACGUCAAACCAGGAAUCAGAUGAAGUGCCACCAUUGCUAUGUAAACUGCCUUCACACAGACUCUGUAGCUUUAAAGAUGAAUUUUUAAUCUUACCUCAUUGUUUUACUCUCCCAUGACUAUGGCAGAGAUCGAGACUACAUCCCAACAUCAGCAGAUCCCACUGUGUCCUUAUAUCCCUCACACUCUGUUGGAGCAAUUUCAGAUGCGUGGACGUCUUCAUAUUUAAUUAUAUCUGUGGAUAAAACAUGCGGGUAUUGCUCUGUCGUCACAGAUUGAAAAAGGUUUCUUAAAUGGAGCCAUGCGAUUCUAUCAAGUCUAUUGUUUCUAAAGAAUCAGUACUUUUUCUAAAUGGACCAUUUAGACUACGGACACUUUGACUUGUCAAAGCAGGAAAGGCAAAGGUGUAAAUAAUGUGAACGCUGGCUCCGUCCAUUACGUGUCUCAGUUUGUCAUGUCCCUGAGUGAGCAUCCAGUCUUCUGGAUAGUUUGCAGGGACUGUUCAUGAAACAAGGAUUUAUCAGAUGUUAACCUUUUUUUUUUGCUCUGUAACAUGUGGCCAAGCUGCCUUUGCAGGUUAUUUUCUCUUUCUUAUUAAAAAACAAACAGAAAAACAAUUAUCUAUAUUUUUUUAUUAACUGUCUUACUCUAUGCUUGUCUCAAAUAGACAUUGGCGCUAAAAUCAAAGGCUCUUACUACACAUGGAACAUACAUGACAAUGACUGUGACUGCUUCUAAAGCAAAAAAUGUUUAAAUAGAGCAAGAAAGACACAACAUUCAACCCAAUAUACUGAUAAUAGAACCCCAAACAUAAGAAUAUCUUAAAAUACACAAUUACAAUACAAUAAAUAAAUGCUAAAACAAUAUUAAUUUAAAUGUCUGUUUAGUAUUCUAUAUGUUAAAGGCAGAACCUCAAUGAAAACAUGCAUAAGCCCUCUACCAACUGAAACCUUUGUCAUUCUAGGGCAAAGCAAACUUUAGUGGCCUCACAGUGGUGGUUCCCAGAAUACACGCAAGGGGUCAAAAUAAAUCUCAGGGGUCAUGAGAUGAUUAUCCGAAAGCAGAAAAAUAAAAUGUCCCCUUAAAAUCAUAUUUCCUUUUUCUAAUUUACUGUAAUUUUUCCAUGACUGCAUGGUCUGAUCUAUCCCUCUGGGCCGCUGCAAAGCCCUCUUUGGUUGAACUGGUCGAAGCCAAUCGAUUUAUGAUAAAGACUUUGGUAGAUUUGGCUUCAUUUUCAGGGUUCACAAGUAAUACGUGUUAGAAUCCCCCUUAUUGUACUGUGUCUUAUUUAUAACAAGUUCAGCCAGACCCUUCGCAUUUUGGCUGUUGUCCUGUAUUACACAAGUUGCCAAUAAAAAUAUUCACAAUGUU